GGCCCACCUCCAGCCAAUGAGUGCCGGCCUCGCCUCACGCCCCGCCCCGCGCGCCGUGGCCGUUUGAAGUGACUAAUUUCUGUCAUAUGACUGAGGCGCCCAUGGGGGUGGCGGGGCGGCUGUAGGAGCGGGGGCCUAGCAAGCGCCCAGCGGAGCGACCCCUGCGUGGCCGUGGCUAGCAUGGCCCCUACGCUGUUCCAGAAGCUCUUCAGCAAGAGGAGCGGGCUGGGUCCUCCCGGCCGCGACGCCCGGGACCCAGAUUGCGGGUUCAGUUGGCCUUUACCAGAGUUUGAUCCAAGCCAGAUUCGACUGAUUGUAUAUCAAGACUGUGAAAGACGAGGGAGAAAUGUCUUGUUUGACUCCAGUGUUAAGAGAAGAAAUGAGGACAUAUCAGUAUCGAAACUCUGCAGUGAUGCUCAAGUUAAAGUCUUUGGGAAAUGCUGCCAACUGAAACCUGGAGGAGACAGUUCUUCCUCUUUAGAUAGUUCUGUGACUUCAUCUUCUGAUAUAAAAGACCAGUGUCUUAAGUACCAGGGUUCAAGAUGUUCUUCUGAUGCCAAUAUGCUUGGAGAGAUGAUGUUUGGCUCAGUAGCAAUGAGCUACAAAGGAUCCACCUUAAAAAUUCAUCAGAUUCGUUCCCCUCCACAGCUCAUGCUCAGCAAAGUGUUUACUGCACGGACUGGCAGCAGUAUUUGUGGAAGUCUCAAUACGCUACAAGAUAGUCUUGAAUUCAUCAAUCAGGACAACAAUACAUUAAAGGCUGAUAAUAACACAGUUAUUAACGGACUGCUUGGAAAUAUAGGUCUUUCACAGUUCUGCAGCCCCAGGCGGGCAUUCUCUGAGCAGGGUCCGCUCCGCCUGAUCAGGAGCGCCUCUUUCUUUGCAGUUCACAGCAACCCAAUGGACAUGCCUGGAAGAGAGCUGAAUGAGGACAGAGACAGUGGCAUAGCACGGUCUGCAUCUCUCAGCAGCUUGCUGAUCACUCCAUUUCCUUCUCCAAACUCCUCACUUACACGAAGUUGUGCCAGCAGCUACCAGCGACGUUGGCGACGCAGCCAAACAACAAGUUUGGAAAAUGGGGUAUUUCCUAGAUGGUCUAUAGAAGAAAGCUUUAAUCUCUCAGAUGAAAGCUGUGGCCCUAACCCAGGAAUUGUGAGGAAAAAGAAGAUUGCAAUUGGGGUAAUCUUUUCAUUAUCCAAAGAUGAAGAUGAAAAUAACAAAUUUAAUGAAUUCUUUUUUUCACAUUUUCCUCUCUUUGAAAGCCACAUGAACAAAUUAAAGAGUGCAAUAGAACAGGCUAUGAAAAUGAGCCGGAGAUCAGCUGAUGCCAGUCAGAGGAGUUUGGCAUAUAAUCGAAUAGUCGAUGCCCUAAAUGAAUUCAGAACAACAAUUUGUAAUCUUUACACAAUGCCACGAAUUGGAGAACCUGUCUGGCUUACAAUGAUGUCGGGGACUCCAGAAAAGAACCACCUUUGCCAUCGUUUCAUGAAGGAGUUCACUUUUCUAAUGGAAAAUGCUUCUAAAAAUCAAUUCUUGCCAGCUCUCAUUACUGCGGUUCUGACCAAUCAUCUUGCCUGGGUUCCAACAGUCAUGCCAAAUGGACAACCACCUAUAAAAAUAUUUCUAGAAAAGCAUUCCUCUCAGAGUGUGGACAUGUUGGCAAAGACUCAUCCAUAUAACCCACUUUGGGCUCAACUGGGAGACUUGUACGGUGCUAUCGGCUCUCCUGUACGGUUAGCAAGGACUGUGGUGGUUGGCAAACGACAAGAUAUGGUCCAGAGGCUACUUUAUUUUCUUACUUAUUUUAUAAGAUGCUCUGAACUUCAAGAAACACAUCUUUUAGAAAAUGGAGAAGAUGAAGCCAUCGUUAUGCCAGGCACAGUUAUUACUACCACUUUAGAGAAAGGUGAAAUAGAAGAAUCAGAGUAUGUCCUUGUCACAAUGCAUAGAAACAAAAGCAGUUUGCUCUUUAAAGAGUCGGAAGUAAGAACUUCUAAUUGUAACUGUAAAUAUUGCAGUCGUCCACUCCUUGGGCAAAAUGUAGAGAACAUUUCUCAACAAGAGAGAGAAGAUAUUCAAAACAGCUCUAAGGAGCUUUUAGGAAUUUCAGAUGAGUGCCGGGUGAUUUCUCCUUCUGACUGCCAAGAAGAAAAUGCUGUUGAUGUUAAACAGUACAGAGAUAAAUUAAGAACUUGCCUUGACACCAAGUUAGAGACAGUUGUUUGCACAGGAUCUGUUCCAGUAGACAAAUGUUCAUUGUCAGAGUCAGGCUUAGAGCCAACAGAGGAAACAUGGCAGAGUGAGAAGUUGCUGGAUUCAGAUAGUCACACAAGCAAAGCAAUGAGAUCCACAGGAAUGGUUGUGGAAAAGAAACCUCCAGAUAAGAUUGUGUCUGCUUCAUUUUCUUGUGAGGCUGCCCACACAAAGGUUACUUUCCUGAUUGGGGAUUCUAUGUCACCUGAUUCAGAUACUGAGCUUCGAAGUCAGGCAGUGGUGGAUCAGAUUACCAGGCAUCACACCAAACCACUGAAGAAAGAAAGAGGGGCUAUUGAUCAGCAUCAAGAAACUAAACAGACAACUAAGGACCAAUCUGGAGAGUCUGAUAUACAGAACAUGGUUUCUGAAGAGCCCUGCGAACUUCCCUGUUGGAAUCAUUCAGACCCAGAAAGCAUGAGCUUAUUUGAUGAAUAUUUUAAUGAUGAUUCAAUUGAAACCAGGACUAUUGAUGAUGUUCCAAUUAAAACAAGUACAGAUAGUAAAGACCAUUGCUGUAUGUUAGAGUUUUCAAAAAUAUUGUGUACAAAAAAUAACAAACAAAACAAUGAAUUUUGUAAAUGUAUACAAGCAGUUCCCCAAGAUUCAUGUAAAACCUGCUUUCCUCAGCAGGACCAAAGAGAUACACUCUCCAUUCUUGUCCCCCAUGGGGAUAAAGAGAGUUCAGACAAAAAAAUUGCCAUAGGAACUGAAUGGGACAUUCCAAGAAAUGAAAGUUCAGAUAGUGCCCUUGGGGAUAGUGAAAGUGAAGAUACAGGUCAUGAUAUGACUAGGCAAGUUAGCAGUUAUUAUGGAGGAGAGCAAGAAGACUGGGCAGAAGAGGAUGAAAUACCAUUUCCUGGGUCAAAGUUAAUUGAAGUGAGUGCUGUUCAGCCCAACAUUGCCAAUUUUGGGAGGUCCUUGCUGGGUGGCUACUGCUCAUCUUAUGUGCCUGACUUUGUUCUUCAAGGAAUUGGGAGUGAUGAGAGGUUCCGUCAGUGUCUGAUGUCAGAUUUGUCUCAUGCUGUGCAGCAUCCAGUGUUGGAUGAACCAAUAGCAGAAGCUGUCUGUAUUAUAGCUGACAUGGAUAAAUGGACUGUUCAAGUGGCCAGUAGCCAGAGACGAGUGACAGAUAAUAAAUUGGGAAAGGAAGUAUUGGUUUCCAGUCUUGUUUCCAACCUGCUUCAUUCCACACUUCAGCUUUAUAAGCAUAACUUGUCUCCAAAUUUUUGUGUAAUGCAUCUUGAAGACCGGUUGCAGGAGCUAUACUUCAAAAGUAAAAUGCUGUCUGAAUACCUGAGGGGGCAGAUGCGUGUUCAUGUCAAGGAGCUGGGAGUGGUUCUGGGGAUUGAAUCCAGUGAUCUUCCACUUUUGGCUGCUGUAGCAAGCACUCACUCUCCAUAUGUUGCACAAAUACUCCUUUAGUAUGCCUAAGGUUGUUAGAAAUUGGUGGGAAGAUAAGUAGAAACCAAGGAAGCAGACACAACAUGCAUUUAUGGAGAUUCUUUUUCCCUCUUAGACUUUCUUCUGAAUGAGUCAGUCACCAGGGUAUCCUGCACAGCAUUGUGUAUUCCAUAUAUGUCAGAUGGCUUUUUCUUUUUGACUGGACUUUUGGGUGGUGGUAGAUUUUUAAACAAACUAGAGCAACAUUAAUAAUUUUGAAGCAUUUGAAAAAGCCAAAAUGUAUGGUAAAAAUUUCUACAAAAUGAAUGUUGUCAGGAGUUUCAUGUGAUCACUCAGUGUUGUCACAACUCAUAAAUAGCAACAGUGUCUCAUAAUUUAAUGGCUCAGAAGGUCAUUUUGUUAGUUUUUAAUUUUUAAUUUCUAAGGUACAGAAAUCUAUAAAACCUUGAUUAUUUGUUACUUUGUUUUGCAAUUCAAAACAGCUAAUUUCUGGUUAUUUCUCCAAGUAUUUUAAACAGCCUGUUAAUUAUAACAAACUUAGAAUAAUGAGUGUGAAUGUGUUAGGUUAUCCACCCAAGUGUACAUAUAUACCUAUUUUUUUUUUUAAAAGAGGUAAGAAAUACAAGAUUGGUAAACAUGCCUUUAAAAAAAAUUUUGCAACUAGUAUUGUCCAUAUCGCUGAACUGUACUUACUGGUGAUUUUUCUGUUUCACAUACUCUUAAAAUAUAAGUAAAGCCAACCUUUUUAAGGUUGAGAUUCCCCAAAUGAGAAUACUACUUCAUACCAUUUGUUUAUAAGUAUGAACUAUUCUUAUGAAUAUUAUUAUUUACCUAUUCACUAAUUUAACAUAAAUGAAAAUUGGGAUUAAAAAUUACACAAAAGCAUUGGCAAAAACCAUACUAUAUUCUUUAAAACUACUCAGGUAGCCAAGGCCCUUGCUUUUGGUAUCAGCCCUUCAUGAACCCAUAGGAGCCAAAUAUUUGUUUCACUGCUUAAUAAUACUCCAUUUACACUAAUAGAAUUCAUAACUCUUAAAAAUAUUCUUUUUUCUAAGAGCCCCUCCCUUCCAAAAGCGCAUUUUUUCAGAGAAUUUUACUUCUCAGUUGUUGCCUUUGUAUAUACUAUAGAGUGUUACUUGUAAGAAAGGCUAAUACAGAACCAAACUCUUGUAAGUAAUGUAAAUAGAAAGUUGGGUGGAUAAAGUUUUCAAUACGCUCUACUACCUCAGUUUACUUGAAUACUACAUUAUAGUUUAUUCUUUGCUUAUCUGGUCUAAGAAACUUAAUGCUAGUAGUAAAGUUGGUUUCUGCUUUCAUUGACAUUUUCAUAAUAAUUUCAUCAUUGAUUUAAAAAAUACACUAGUUUAUUCAGUUAUUAAAAUACAUUUACUAUAUAAAACAUCCAUUCUUGCUGUUAAAUUUUCAACAGUUAAUGGAAAGUUGUCUUUGACCUUGAAUUUACAGCAUUGGGUCACAUUUUGCCUUGUUCUGUAUGUAUUCAAGAGACCUCCAGGCCAGGUGCAGUUGUUUACACCUGUAAUCCCAGCAUUUUGGAAGGCCGAGGCAGGCAAAUCACAAGGUCAGGAGAUCAAGACCAUCCUGGCUAACAGGGUGAAACCCCAUCUCUACUAAAAAUACAAAAAAUUAGUCGUGUGUGAUGGCACUCAGGAGGCUGAGGCAGGAGAAUUGCUUGAACCUGGGAGGCAGAAGUGGCAGUGAGCCAAGAUUGCGCUAUUGCACUCCAGGCUGGGCGACAGAGUGAGACUCCUCUCUCUCCCUCAAAAAAAAGAGAGACCUCCAACUAGAUGAAGAAGAAAUGGUUGUUUUUAUGGAAUGUAAACCUGAAAUUGGUGUGUCUGCAAUCUGUUUGGCCCAUGACCUUUUACCUGCUCCCAGUUAUUACCUGAGUCUCCCAUGGAUGACUCGCUGCCAAGGAGUGUUUGGCUUAUUUUCUUUGGCUUAAUUUUCUUAUUCCAUGCAUUAACAAAAUUAUUCGGUUGUCUAAUUUUGGAAUUCUAUGAGUCAAUCUUUUUGGCAGAAUUCGGAAUAUUAAAAAGUUCAUGUGGGCCAUUUUACUUUUUUUUUUUUUUUUUUAAAUGGAGUUGCACUCUUGUUAUCCAGGCUAGAGUACAAUGGUGCCAUCUCAGCUCAGUGCAACCUCUGCCUCCCAGGUCAAGUGAUUCUCCUGCCUCAGCCUCCCAAGUAGCUGAGAUUUCAGGUGUGUACCACCAUGCCCAGCUAAUUUUGUACAUUUAUUGAGAUGAGAUUUCACCAUGAUGUUGGCCAGGCUGGUCUUGAACUCCUGACCUCAAGUGAUUCACCCGCCUCGACCUCUCAAAGUGCUGGGAUUACAGGCAUUAGCCACCGCACCCGGCCUUGUACAUUAUUUUUAUAUUGUAGCUAUAUGUAGCGGUUGUAUAAUAUCUGGGUGUUUCCUUAACCAUCAAACUAUUCUUUAUUUAAAAUGUUUAAUUACCAUUUUUUAAAUUCUAGUCCUCAAUAAGUGGGUGGCUCAUGCUACUGUUGUUUCUAAAGCUAAGCUUUGCUGGGAAGGAAGUGGCCUAUAGUUCCUUAAAGAAUCAUUAAUCCUUAUAGGGUUCCUGAGUUGUUGUUGUUUUCCUCCCCCUUCCCUCCCAUUCCUGAGUUUUAUAAUUCCUAACUCUUCUAUAAUUUCUGUUGUCUUCAUCAUAGUCAUUCUUUCCUUAUGCAAAGCCCAAGGAAUGAGCUGCUGCUACUUUAAAGUGUGGUCAUUAUGAUGAAUGUGAAAAGAGUUUUUGGCUUGUUCAAAAUAAUUUUUCAAGUUAUGAUAACAGACAGUUAUUACAUAUCAAAAUAAAAACCCUGUUUAUUGAAACAGGAAAUAAAAAAGGGAUCUUUUACAUUAUAGAAUUAAAACUAAUUUUUUUCCUGUAUAUAAACUAAUUGGUUUGAUUUUAAGUAUUUCUGGCUUUUAAUAAUAUGUCUUAAUUUUGAGUUUGAAAAUGUUAAGUGCAAUAAAAACAUACUAUUACAGAUUUCAUUUUGUUGAAAUUGGCAUACUCUGGGGAUGAUCACUUAAAAAACAGAUUUUACAUAAUGCCUAUUUCUGGUAUAUGUCUUAUGAGAUUGUUCUGCUUUUUCUAAGUUACUUAGAUGAUGGAUAUGUAAAAUGUACAUAGUUGUUUCUUGUUCUGUAUACAUUUCUCAAAUGUACACUUGUAUUAUAAUAACCUCCCAGUUCUAGGGGAUAUUUGUGCAAUAAAUACACAUAUCGAUUUGA